AUGGCACCACGCACCAUCUACCUCAUCUCAACCAGGUCCUCAAAAACCCAACGAGCUCACUUCGCAAUCUGGGUUCCAUCAGCUCAACAACCCACAAGCGGCAGCCUAAUCAACGUCGUCGGCGCACCGAUGAUCGGCUUCGCCCACGAGUUCAAAAGAUGCUAUGAGCCGGCCGGAAGCACCGAACCAUACGAAAUAUGGCCGAUUGGCGAGGUCGACUCCGCACAUAUUUUUGACUGGCCGGAGGGGGGUUGCAAUAUACGUACUGAUCCUAAAGGGGACCUGGAGAUUGCUGCCGCACAGGUGCCGGCACCGGGGGUUAGUCGGGAUACCAUGGCGCCUGUUGAUCAUGUAUGUUCGUUCUAUCUUUUGUGGUGUCUGGUAUUGUUGGGUUGUUUGUUGCUGACUUUUGAGAUGAUGCAGACUACGAAUAGGAGGUGUCAGGAAUGGACGAUGGAUUAUGUGCGUUAUUUGGUUGCGAAGGGAUAUAUUGGGGCUGAGGCGAUUGAAAUCGUUCAAUCUAAGCGUGAUUCUCCUACUCAUGGAUUGGUUUGCGACGAGUGGCUCCGCAGCUGGGGAAUGGAUGUUGAGGAGAGGUCUGAUGAUGUUGGGAUCCGCAGUUUGGCCUCUUAG